AUGUUACUGGCGUCAACGUCUUAUGAUGACACAAUUCGCAUAUGGAAAGAAGAUGAUGAUGAUUGGACAUGUGUAGCCGAUAUUGCUGGUCAUACAGGUACAGUAUGGGGUUGCGAUUUCGAGACCCCCUCAUCAGCUGAAAGCGAAGCCCGCUUGGUUUCAUGCUCUGACGACUUAACUUGCAUUGUAUGGGCCAGAGUGGGUAGUACAGGUGGAUUCGAUAGGAACGCCAUUCCAUCCACAUUCCGCUCAGACCAGUUAUCUGAGGAAUGGGUCAAGGAAGCAACGCUGCCUGCUGCUCAUAGCAGAACAAUUUACUCAAUUGCGUGGAGCCCUACUAGCAGACGUAUUGCUUCUGUAGGUGCCGAUGGCAAGCUUGUAAUUUAUAGUCAGAAACCCAACAGCACAGAGUGGUCAAUUGAUCAAAUUAUAGAAACAUCGCAUGGUAUUUAUGAGACGAACUAUGUUGUAUGGGCCGCUCCUCGAUCCGACGGCAAAGAACUAAUACUGACAGGUGGAGACGAUGGAAAUGUCCACAUCUGGCAGGAGUCCAGUUUGGAUGCGUGA